UCAGCUUACCCUGCCAACGACCCCGUCAUAGGAAAAUGGUCUGAAGGUCUUCGCUAUGAUUACUUGGAAGACGACGCCGGCAAAGUCCACCUUGUGGAUAACUGGAUGAAAGUCAGCGACUUCGACAGGCUCGCUAGAUACAACCCCGAUGCUUCCAACAGAUACCAUCUUUUCACCAGGGCUAACCCCUCAAUCAGUCAGCCUCUGGUCCUGAACAAUGCUGCCACCGUCCACAACUCGAACUUCAACGCUCGUCGCCGCACCGUCGUGAUGAUGCACGGGUUCGCUGGAUCCAUCACUUCUGGGUUCAACACUGUGCUUCUGCCAGCCUUCUUGGCUGCUGAAGAUGUCAACGUCAUCAUCCUGGACUGGAGUGCCGGAUCUUCCUGGGGACCCCGUGCCAUCCAAGCAGGUCAAGCCGCCGGUAGAUUCAUCAACUGGCUUAACUCCAUCACUGGUGCCACCGCCAACAACUACCACGUGAUCGGCUACAGUGUGGGCGGUCAUGGAGCUGGUAUCAUCGCUAGAACCAUCAACGGCAAUGUCGGUUACGUCACUGGUUUGGACCCCGCCGACCGUUGGGACACCGCCUGGCUGUUCAGGCCCAAUGACGGACUUUACACUGAAGUUAUGCACACCAAUGGAGGAGACAGUGGCUGGCUGAACCCUCUCGCUCAGGUCGACUUCUACCCUAACGGAGGUCGCCAGAUGCCUGGAUGUAUGACUUCUCUAUGCCAUCAUUACAGGUCCUACUACUACAUGGCCGAGUCUCUCCGUACCGGAGGCUUCACUGGAAGACGCUGUGACAACCUGAACGCUGCCCUCGUCGGCAACUGCUCUGGAUCUACUCUGAGGAUGGGUGGAGUCCGACCCAAGAACGGAAACACCGGUAUCUACCAUCUGACUACCAACGCUUUGCACCCGUACUCUCGAGGAUAAAUCUGAAAACAUAGUUUCAGUUACUGUAAAAAUAUUUCCAGCGAACAACACAACACACCUAGUCUCUUUCUUUCUUUAAAAUGCUGUUACAUAUAUAAUUAAAAUGUUUUUUUGUUAUUAAAAAUGUUCAUGACUU